AUGGCCGAACGCAUAAAAAUACAAGGCAUCGGUGCUGGCUUCAUCCUUGGAGUGCUUGAUGUGAACUUACUUGAUGAAGUUUUUCAAAUAUCAAGUGAAGAAGCUAUUGCAACUGCCGAGCUUUUUCCAGUGAAGGAGGUUUUGCUAGUCAGAAUAUCAUCAGGUGUGGCUGCCGCAGCUGCAAUCAUACUUGCAAAGAGGCCAGAAAAUUCUGGAAAGCUCAUUGUGGUGAUCUUCGCAAGCUUCGGAGAGCGUUAUUUGUCUACUGCGCUUUUUCAAUCCGUGAAGCAGGAGGCAGAGAAUAUGCUUUAUGAACCUUGA